AUGUACAAAUAGUGUAUUUUCACGAUAAAUAUUACAUGCUAUUUUCUUUGCUGAUAAUCUGAAUAAGGUUUUUUUUUCCCUGGAGAACAUAGUAUUUGAAUAAAGGAAGUUUUCCCUGAAUUAAAGAAACAUAAUCAUGUAACUUAGUAGCAGGCACGAACAACGAAUCAAUGAUUUCAGGUUGCUGAUAAUGUGACACACCUACCCAUCCAAGGCAACAGCUGACCACAGACCACAGUUAAGUGUAGAGAGAAAUGCAGGCGGCUCAAAGCUUGCCGACAUUACGAAGUGAGAGGUCAACCGAACAGCCCACCGACACAGCAUGGCUCAAAGCUUGCACGGGUGCACGACGGCACGAUCUCUGAUGUGAUCGCCACCAUUUCAUGAAGCCCAUUCCGUGCGUUUUUCUCCUCAUGGACGCACAAUUAGGGAUCUCCGGCAAACUCACUUUUCCCGGUGCCAUGAGUCUAGAAGAAGCUUCGUCAUUCAAGAAAGAUGCUGAAGCCCGAGUCGCCGACGAUGAAGACGAGGCACGUGCGGCGAGAGACCCGGCGGCCCGGCCAUUCCGUUCCGGUUCAUCGGCCACCGACGUCUCGAGCAACGCGUCGUCGAUCAACUACCGGAAGGCGCCGCGGGACAAGAUCGGCGGCGACGGCUUCUGGUGCGGCGUCCUGUGCAUGCACCUGCCGGGCCUGUCCAGGAGGCGGUCGAUGCAGCAGCAGCAGUCCAUGAGCCUGAGCGAGGCGGACACCCGGGCGAGCACGGCCGGGCCAGGCGGGGCCCGGGCGAGCACGGCGUCCAUGGAGAGGUUCAAGUACAGCUCGUCGUCCUCCGGCAUCGUGUUCGAGCGCGCGGACAAGGAGGAGGAACAGGGGAUGGAGGAGGAGGUGUCGGCGUACUUCGACCUGCCGUUGGAGCUGCUGAGGAUCAGCAGUGUCGACACGGAGUCGCCGGUCACGGCGGCGUUCGUCUUCGACGGCAACCGCGGCCGGGGCACCAAGAGGAUCGUCCCGGAGAUGCAGGACCUCGAUUUCAGCUUCCCCGCGCCGCCGGAUUUCUCGAAUCCCUCGUCGCCAAGGUCCUGAAACUACGCGAGGGGAGGUGCUCGAUAUCCCACACGACGACGACUAUUUCUGAGCGCGGAUCACGCGUCAGCUUUUGGGUUGGCUUCCUACCAUGAUGUGUUGUGCUUCUGCAUUUGGUGUCCAUACACAUUUCAUCUUUUUUCAUAUUGCUCUGCAUGCAUCUGAGAUGCACACAGGCUAACAAGGCUGCAAUUGUGAUAGUGAUGGGGGUUGGUGAUUAGCUCAACUGAUGCAGUAAUUCUACGUUCUAUCAUGACAAACAAAGAAACUAGCUUCAGUUGGAG